AUGGGUGUCUCACCGAGGCCCUGGAACAUUGUUUCGCGUGUUCUGUCCAUUUCUGCCAUAUAUUUAUCGUCUGAACUUGGAAUUACAGCGGCCACCCGAAGCGAGGCCCCCUGGGGUCGCCGCCGACCCCCCGUCGGUGGUCAGAUUUGCUUUGCAUUUGAAUGUGUCUUCGACGUGUUAGCCUACACCGACAAAGAUGUUGCAGUCCCAUUUACCUGGAUUGAGAGUGACGCCAAAUUGAUCCAAAAUCCACAGAUGGUUAAGCUACAUUCAUUUGACCCCAAGAUACACAUAGUGGAUACGUUGAUUUCGUAUAAGAACGGCGAGUGGGACGAGAAGUAGAAUACUUUUGUGAGGUGGUAUUCUGUGAAUUGUUCAUUCACAUUGAGUGUGGAGGUGUGAUGAACAAAAAGUUUAUUCUACAUGUAUUUUGUUUCUAAUAUUGUAACUUCUCCAUAGCCUUCUAUAGGAAAGUCAUAACAGUUCGCCUCUUCACACUUGCUAAAUCUACUUUCUCCUUCUCCUCUUGCACCACAAUUUAUUUUUCAUUCAUUAUCAAUAAGAACUUUGGGGCUACAUAUAAAC